CAGUAUCCUCCUGAGUGCUGUCAACAGCUGUCAUUCCGUGUUGUGCAAAAACGUAAACAAGAACUACGUCAUAUGCAGAAACUCAAAUCAAUUGCAGCAUAUUUGUAUUUAGUAGCGCGUUCCGUUUUGCUGUAGGAUUUACAAAAUGAGUGCGAUAUUCAACUUUCAAAGCCUGCUCUCGGUUCUCCUGUUGCUGAUUUGCACCUGCACAUAUCUGCGUUCGCUCUUUCCCAGCAUUGUGGACCGGAAUAAAAAAGGCAUGUUGGGGCUGUUCUGGAAGUUUGCACGGGUUGGCGAAAGGAAAUCUCCCUACGUUUCGUUUGCAUGUCUUGUGAUGGCUGUUUCUAUAUUAUUCUGGUCGUAAGGUGUGAAUAUUCUGGCUAUAAGUGUACUCCUAAUGCAUUUUGAACAAUAAAAGAUGUUUACAAUUGUA